AAACUCGCGGUUCGGGAACACAAAAAAGAUGAUCUCAAAAAUUGGUGGCGCCGAUAGCACUGCACGGUCUUCUGAUUGGACCAACUGCAUCUUGGACACAUCGCCCCCUUGUUGAUCGUGCUCACAAAACUCAUCUUGCAACCUAUAACCUACCACUUUCACCAUCUAGCAAACGGAAUCAUGUGCAAACACAUCCUCAACGUCCAGGCCUCGAUUCGUGCGCCCUGCUGCAAGCAAUGGUUCGACUGCUCGGACUGCCACGCUGAGGCAACAGAUCAUCCUCUCAGGAAAACAACAGAGAUGAUCUUUGGUUGCAAAAAGUGCAAAAAGGUCUUCCGCAAGGAUAUGGCAAACUUUGAAGAAGAAGAUGAGUAUUGUCCGCAUUGCGAUAACAAGUUUAUUGUGGAGGCGAAAACACCGCAGAUGGCUCUGGCUGUGGAGGGUCAUGACGAGAGAAUGGGCGAGAGGUUCGAGAAGGAUAUGCGUUUGAAGGAGGAUCAUGUAAAGUCUGUGUUUGACGCAGACACGGAUAUCUCUCAUCUUAUGGGUUAAUAUCUCAUGGACUCUCUCCGCCCCGAUACGAUACGCGACUCUGUUUUGCAUCUCGGAAGAGUUGGAACAAAAAAAAAAAAAUAACAUGGCAAACGCAAGCUAUUAUAAUAAAGCGUUGCUAAAAGACAGGACAAAGCCCAGAAGCUGCGUUCUUCAAUACCUGUCUACGUAC